AUGUCAAAGACGAAUGGCGCAGUGAGGCUGACCCCUGCAGACCUGGAAAAGGUGUCUGUGGACGAACUGAUGCGAGCAACUCGAUCGUUGCGGCAAAAAUCCACUUAUUUCACCAAUUGGGCGGGCUCCUACAGAUGUCGAGCACGAGCGAUCUUCAAGCCGAACACGGAGCGACAGGUUCAGCAGGUCGUGGAACUUACGAGACGCCAGCAAGAAACGCUACGCUGCUAUGGCACAGGCCAUUCACCGUCUGAUCUGGCUUGCACCGACGGUUUCAUGCUCAAUCUGGACAACAUGCAAGAAGUCCUUGACAUAGAUCAGCAGUCCAACGUCGUCACCGUGCAGGGCGGCAUCAAGCUCCAUCGGCUGCAUCCUAUUCUGGAAAGGAACGGGCUCGCGAUGUCCGUGAUGGGUUCCAUCUCUGAUCAGUCCAUCGCCGGUGCCAUAUCGACUGCAACACAUGGCACAGGCAUCAGAUUCGGCAACAUUUCGACAUAUGUGCGCUCUAUGACUCUUGUGCUUGCCGAUGCCUCCAUUGUAACGAUCGAUCGCGAGCAUGACGCGCCCCUGUUCAUGGCCAGCCUAUGCGGUCUCGGGCUCACGGGUGUUAUCAUCAGGGUCGCGCUGCAGUGCGAGCCUAUGUUUCAUCUACGCGAGCGAGUCGUCGAGUACGACUACAGCGAGAUGAUGGGCAACCUCGAAGCAAGUCUGGACGACAAAGAUCGAUCCACAAAGGGCAGCCUGCUCGAGGACAAUGAGCAUGUCAAAAUACACUGGUUUCCCCAUGUCGACAAGGCUCUUGUGACUACUAUGAAUCGCACCAGAGAGGACCGCACCCCACCACCGUCAACCUGGGCAGCGAUUCAGGCACGAGCUAUAGGCUAUCACUGGCAUCAAUUCGGCCUCUUUGUAGCGACCUUUCUGCCCCUACUCCUAGGCUACCACGCAAUGAUCAUGUGGCGGUUUGCCUUUGCGCUGCCGAAAGAUGAUCACAGCAAGCAGCCGGUCAGCACUCGCGUCGGCACGCCGCCAGAGAUCUUCAACAUGGACUGCCUCUUCCCCCAGUACACCUUUGAAGGCGUCGUGCCGAUCGAGAAUACUGCCGAUGUUCUUCGCGAGCUGGCUCAAUGGUACAAGGAAGAGGACGUCAAGUCUGGCGGCUUGACGCACCAUUUCCCAGUCGAGAUACGGUUUGUCGAGCAAGACGAUAUCUGGCUCAGUCCGACGUACAGGAUGCGAGGCGCAUAUAUCGGCAUCAUGCAAUAUCGACCCUAUGGCUUUCCCGUGCCAUACAAAAAGCUGUUCGCCUCCUUUGAACAGCUACUCGUUCGACAUGGCGGUAGGUCUCACUGGGCAAAGUCGCAUCGUACCAACAAGCCAGCAUUGCACAAGAUGUACGAGCAUCUCGACGAUUUCCUCGAGGUACGUGAGCGCGUCGAUCCUGACAACAUCUUUGUCAACCCGUACACGAGGAGACAUCUUUUUGCCGACGUAGGCGAGGAGGUUGACAUGCGCAGAUUCAAGCAAAACGUCUAG